AUGGAGCGGCCUAACGCGCCGGCCGCCCGCGUAACCGUGGCGCCGCUGUCGGCCAAUUCGAUGAGGCGGGCGACGUCCUCGGGUGUCCAUGGCUUGUUGCGCAUCACUUCGUCCAGGCUACGGACAUUCGACGGUGUCCAGGCAUGGAUGGAUCCAAACAGCCUGAGCGACGUUCUUCAAGCCUCAACAUCAAGGGAGAGACAUCAUGAGUGUCAAAGGCGAGAUCAAAGAAGGCGCCGGCUUCGUCAAGGAACAUCUGAACGAGCACGGCAAGGC